CGGGCGCCGUCGUUGGGUUCCCCGGAGGCACCGGGUGGCUCCUCCCUCCGCCUCGCCACUCCCUCCCUCCUGCCCCCCCCUGCCUUUCUCCCCUGUCAUGCCGUCGCUUUGAGCGAUGGGCGCCAGCGGCUCCAAGUCCCGGGGCCUCUGGCCUUUCAGCUCGGGCGGACCGGGCGGCUCGGAGUGUCCGGGCGGGGAGCAGGCUCUGGCCCGGGCGCGAGGGCUCUGCUCGGCUACCCCCUUCGUCUUCACCCGCCGUGGUUCUAUGUAUUAUGAUGAAGAUGGUGAUCUUGCUCAUGAGUUUUAUGAGGAGACAAUAGUCACCAAGAAUGGGAGAAAGCGUGCCAAGCUGAAAAGAAUCCACAAGAACCUGAUACCUCAGGGCAUAGUGAAACUGGAGCACCCUCGGAUUCAUGUGGACUUCCCUGUUAUCAUCUGUGAGGCCUGAGCCACGGGGCAAUGUGAACAGUCUCUGUGUGCUGUCACUGCACCUCAUUUGCCCAGUUUUACUGUACCUCAUGUAAACCACACUAGGCAGCCACGCAUCUCUGCAGAGUGAUGGAUCUGGAGAAUGGACACAUGGUUGCCUUUAAGCUCCUCUGCUUGGAGGAGGCGGCAGCGGCAGCAACAGCACCGGGGAUGUCUCAGAACUGGCUAGUUAUCGGGAAUAGGAUUGGCUAGGCAAGCAUGUUAAUCAGACCUGUGUCACAUGAGAUGUGUGGCCUUGUUUAGUAGCCUGCUCGACACUUCCCUCUGCUGAGUCAAAAGUGAAAUCUUUUUAUCAGCCACUAAGUGAUGUUUAGAUGGCAACAGAUUCCGAGUCUUGAAACUGUGGAGGACCAACCUGCACCUCUUACUGUCCGGAUGUCCUGCUUUUUGAGUACCCCUGUCAGUUUCUACAAAAGCUGAUGAUGGCAUUUCAGUUUAUGUGCAGUGUAUGAGAGGAAAGGUCAGCAGGUGAGCAGCAUAUUCUUAUGUCUCUUCCUGCCCUGCCACCCCCCUCCCUCCAUAAAACAGCUGAAUACCUAAGGCUAUGCAGCACCCUUGGGGGAUAGUAUCAAAUGUUGCAGUUCAUGGAGGAUAGCUUUCUGAGAUGCACUAAAUUCUGAGGUCCCCAUUCAUUGUAAUGGGCUGACAGUGCGGGCCUUGCCCUUCUGUAGUAGCUCCUUAGUGCGCUACACUGUCUUGUUUUGCUGGUAAUGUCUUUUCAACAUUGCCACUUGGAAAAUUCUACGGACUAGUGCCUAUGCUGUAGCACAUUAAUGGAGCCUGCUGGCAGCUGCAAUAUCCGAUUGUGUUGAUCUCCUAAAUGCCCGUAGCUUUUCUGUUAAAGUUUAUCAAAGGGGAAACCUCCUUGGAGGCAAUUUGUCUAAGCAGGCAUUCCAGAGCAUUCUUUUGAAUUUGCAUCCGGUUGGAGUGUUGGAUGUGCCAUGUUCCGCAUACUUAUUAUUUUUUUCCUUCUAAUAUAAUUCUAGGUCACUUGAUCCCAUAAAUUAUGCUGUCAACACUAAGGAAGGUUGUUUCUCAGAUUAAGGUAGUUACCUACUUAAUCCUAGUUCCUUUGGUUCCUUCUCUAAGUAAUCAUGAAGUACUGUCAUCUUCCUUUACCAGUUUCUUUGAUUUAUAGGAUUUGAGCCAGACUUACCUAAUGAGGGAAAAUGCAGUGCACUUUAAAGGAAAGCGUUAUCUUCUCCUUCAGAAGGGUAUUGUGCUAAUGAAAUGUUUGAUUAGGAAAGCUACUUCCACUGGCAAGCAUGACACUGAAAUGGGACCCCUGCCUCCAAAUCCCAGAUGUCUGUCUUUCAAGACUUAAAGCUGCUGAGACCUGAACAGGCAUAAUCCUGUCGGAGGCAGUUAUAACAUUUAAGGGCGUUCCAUGUGCAGUGUACAGCUAGGAGACCUGAGUCUGCCUGCCUUUUCUACCAACCCCUCAGAACUUUAAUAAAGCUUUAAAACUGGAUCAUACAUAGGUUGGCUGUACCCGUUGGCUCAUUGCACACCUUAUUUUCCUUCCCAGAACAUGUCAUUGCCUAAGUUCUUCAGGAGUUUUCUACCUCAAGGUUUAAUUUAAUCAACUCGUAUAGAGUUGCUCCGGGACAUCAGUACAUCUGUGUUGUAUUUGUCUCCAAGUCUGCAGCUGCAAGGGAAAUCUUUAUAAGCAUUAUGAACCAGACUAGUAAGGAUGUGGAGUGUCAGUUGUCGCGCUGACAGAAAGAUUGCUGUUCGUUUGGUGGCCACCUUUUGCCUCUUGCACAGCCUCUCUCAGCUGCAUGUUUGACCCUAGUGUGCAUGCUGGAGUUCAUCUGUAAAGCACAGGAUGAAGGGCUUUCCCUGAUGGCUUCCUGAGUUGCAACUGGAACCCGCUUCACCAUUCAGAACCCGUUCUGAUACCUUUACAGUAAAUGUAAAAUGCAUAAUGCGCGAAUGGGCCUGUGCCACAUAUUCUUACUUUCUUCCCGCUCCCUUACCCCCCAUCCACCCCCACCCCAGUGUGGCUUAUCUUUUUGUUCCCUUCUAACUAGAUGUGGUUGGGAAGCUCUGAAGUCAUCCUUACCCUUCAUUGUAGAAGGAAGUUUCCACAAUCAUGAAAAUGAGUGUGCUUGGGAUAGAGAUGUUGGCAAUGCUUCUCUAGCCAGUAGAACUCCAUCUCAGAAUUAUUGUGUACAGUGUGUCACUGGCUGAAACUUGGAGGGAACUGCUUAUUCUAAAGAAGAAUUAUUGAGACUACAGGAGACUGCACACCAAGAAGCUUGCUGUUUAAAACUUGCUCUGUGCAAAGUUGGCAGAAGCACCUUCCCCUCUGUGCAUCACAUCUCCCCACUGGCGUAUUCUACUCUCCACUGUGGUGGGGAUGAAGAGCCCUGAAAGAAUUUGAGACUGAAAAACCUGGUAGCAAUACCCCUCCCCAUAAUCAUUUUCCCCCCUGAAGUACUUAAUUCAUUUCCUUCUGUUGGUCGUUGUUUUUGAGCAAUCAACUAUCCUGUGAUCAGAAAAAUGUUGCACAAUGUUUUCAGUUUUCCUCCCCACUUCUAGCGCUUAUUAUGCAUCCUGCUGAGGACUUCACUCCAGUCCCACCGGAAUCUAAAUGGAGCCUCCACCCCCAAAGAAGCUUAGUUUCUGCAUCGCUUGAAACCGCCCAAGAGGCAGCAGAUUCCUAGGAGCGUCAGGUGGCUGCUCUCAGUCCAUUUCUCUAAAAGGCUGGCUUGCCCAUUGGGACUGCAGCCGUGCAAUUAGACUGCUUGGGUUCUGUAAUCCCAUCUACGCUGUCCUUAUUGUGCUUUCCAGCAGCCCUGCUCCUCUUGGGAGUAGGAGCUGUCGAGCAGGGAGAGGGCUUGCGGAGACCACUGUGUAAGGGACAGUUAUAAUGUGAAACUUGGUGUAAAUAUAUAUAUUAUCACUAUUGUUGGAGCGAGCAAAAGGUUUUCCUUUUUUAUGACUUCUGUGCAAAUGUGUGGUUGUGUAGAAGACCGGAACCCACUAGCACUUCAUUUUUUGCUCCUGUAGCAUAUGGAUUGGAGACAAAUGUGUAAAAUAUUUAUGGUCCUUUUCCUCUGCCUUGAAGUGCAUUUGUCUAAUUUUGUUAUAUUUCAAUAAACUUAUUUGUAGGU